GAAGGUCAAAUUACAUUGGACAGCACCCAGUUUUGCCCACCCGUCACCGCUUCCUAUGAGUAAUUGAAAAUGUUGUACCUCAUUCCAGCCUACCACUUCGGCUACGAGACUUCAAACGGCAUCCGAGCAGAGGAAGCUGGCAACACAGAACAAGCUCAAGGUGGCUUCUCCUACACCGGUGAUGAUGGCAACACUUACACUGUGACAUACACCUCAGGAGAAGGUGGCUUCAGACCUCAAGGGGAACACCUCCCAGUCCCCCCUCCUACUCCAGAAGCUAUCCUGGAAGCCUUGAAGAAGAAUGAACAAGAUGAGGCCGCUGGGAUCUUUGAUGAUGGUAAGGAAUAUAUUGAUUGUGUGGGCAGGAGUUGUUUCCUUGUAAAUGACUGAUUUGAAUCUCGGGUAAAAGAUCAAAUUUUGCAAUGUCCUUGUUAAUACAGCAGUAAUAAAAAAUGCUGCUUUUAUGUCUUUUGGUUUGAUACUGUGUUCAAGUCACUUACAAGAUUCAAAAGGUGAUAAAUAUUAGCUGAAAAAAUAUUAGCUUUUGAAAAUAGUUUGAAUACUCGUGAAAGCGCAGUAUGAAGUACUAGGAAAGAAGAAUCGUCUCAAUAUUGAGGCUUUAGGGAUUAAGGCAACUUUUCGUAUAGAUCCUUUGUAUGCAGAACCAUUCAAUGUUUAUUUUUCCCCAGGUCAAUACCGCCCUGAUCAGAACGAAGGCGGCAACGGCAAAAGUGGUUUCGGAUCAGCGAACCGUCAGGGUAGCUUCAACUCCAACAGCGGCUACCAAUACUAAUAUCGCACAAUAAUAUCUAUCAAAACGAGAACGUUUAACUAAAUAAUAUUUUAAAACGAGAGAGACCUAUAAUCUAUGUAUAUCCGACUUCAAAUAAAAAUUACUGAGACAACCACAAUUUUUAUGGGAUGAGAGCCACGUUAAAUGAAAAAAAAACAAAGAAAAGAAAUACCGACGAACUGAGAACCUCCCUGUUUGAUGUCGUUUGAAAAAUAGCGAAGUCUAUUCUGGUACAAUUAAACACCGUUCACAGUAAAACAAAGAAAUAUUCAAAAAUGCAGGUGAAAGCUAAUGUUUUAAUGAUGUUAUUGUUGCUAACAGCAAAAUAUUUUUUAUUGAAGUGCCAUACAAAUCACACUUUUUUAUCUGUAUAGAAUACAACGUUCAAAUUUUGAUAAAUAUUUAAAACCCCACGACAAACAACGGACUGUUAUUAUAGAUUUAAAAAUAAAAGUAGAAUAGUACUAAUUUAGACUUAAGAUAACUGUAAUGAAAAUAAACGAGAUCACAGCUAAAUCCAAUUGCAGCCUUUUAUUUCACAGAAUAAUUAUAUGUUAACGUUUCAUAUGGAUAUUAAAUACAUACCUCAAUUUCAUAACUUCGGUGAACGAUUACGUAAUAAUGAUCAUAAAGUGAUUUUUAAUAUCUAUAAUUAAAUAGUAAACCUACCAUUACGUUAAACGCUACAAAACUUUAAUAGAG